AUGUUUUCAACACUGAUAGUGACCUUGACAGUGGCGGCAAUUGAUGGAUUACCUCAACCGCAAUAUUUAAUGCAGUACUUGCCCGUCAUUCUGGCACCACAGGAAAGAAGUUCUAAUGUAAACACACUGUACGAUGAAAGUGAUUUUUUAAAUUAUGAUGUGUCAUCAAUUUAUAAAAGACCCGGAGAAAAAGCCCGAUUGACAGUUGAACCUAUUAAAAUUAAUAGAGGUCUUACGGAAAGUGAAAUUGCCAACGAUGAAGCUAAUAGAUUAACUUUCACUAGAGUAGAGGACAGUUAUACAGGAUCCCCUAGACAUGUACGCUUAAGAAACGGUUUCGAUAAAAAUAGAAUGGCAUAUAUCAAACAGCUUAUUGAACGUCGCGAAGGAAAUACUCAUAAACCCAAUGACGUAGUAACAGAAAAUGCAAGAUUGAUACAGAAUACUGACACUUCAACUUUAAAACCAGUAACAGUUCUUAAAAAUAGUUUUUCGUCGAACGCUGACACCGAACAAGAUAAUACAAUGACUUCUAUUGACUCAAAUAAGAGAAAUCAAAUUAUCUACCGCAAUAGAACACAGAAAUUAGCGUCAAUGCCUAGAAAUCGAAUAUCUCAUAGCCUGAACAGAAAAAAUAUACCAUUACAAAACGAAAGCAACUCCAGAGAUGCUAAUACAACAUUUACGAAGCAUAUAAUAGCGGAGGUAAUUGAUGAACCAAUUAUGGAAACACUAAAUGGGAAUAAUAGUAAAAAUCCAGUUAUAGAAUUAAUAGAGAAAAGCACACAGAAAGUUGUAAAUUCUAGUGAACCAGAAAAUGGUUUACGUAACGGACUCUAUACUCCAGUAAGUGAUGAAGAAGAUAGAUGGAUAUGGGGUACGACUGAAAAAGUUGAAACUACCACACCAGAUAUUGAAAACAGAGUAUCUUUUGAUGGAGGCUCGUGUCCCACUGGCAAAGUUAAAAUUGCGGGCAUAUGUGUAGUCCCUGAUAAAACGGUUGUGAAUGGUUUACCUCAACCAGAGGUUGGGCAGCUGCGAAAUUAUGCACAGAACUUGCCGGUUUAUCAGGCAUCAAAUAGCAAUAAUUUUGUAGGACCGUUAAGAACUAAGAAAUCCUAUGGAGUAAUGAGAAGAGCUGAGUCAGUGAAUCAUAAUGGUAGCGGAUUCGACAGCCGAGUAAAUGAUGCAGAAAAUAUCGCGCCAGAUGUUGAUAAUAGAGAUUCAUUCAACGGAGACAAAUGUCCCACUGGUUAUAAAAGAGAUGGCAAAGAAUGUAAAAAAAUAUACAAAAGAUAAUGUUUGUCUGUACAUAUAUUAAAACAAAGAUUAUCUUGCAUGCGUUUAACGUUUGGAAUUAGUCCUGAAAUCAGCAGUAUUAAUUAUAAAUUAUGUGUUAAUUUGACAUAAAUUUGACAAAAACUAUUAAUUUAUUUUUUGUAAUUUAAUAUAUAAUUAUACAUUGUUAAUAAGUAAAACUAAAUUAGAUAUUUGGGCAUUUCUACAUUAAUUAAAAUAUGUACUAAAAAUUGAAUAAAUUGCAUGUGCAGAAUAAUUCACAUUUUUCAGAUUUUAUUAUUAAACCGUAUAAUAAAAUCAACUUUGCAAGCUUAGUCAACCUUUCAUCAAUUCGCUCAAACAUC